AUGCUUUUAACUUUUUUUCAAUUACUCUGGUGCUGUUCCUCACUUAUGUUAUAAUUUGUUGAAGAUGACAGAGCCAAAUGUUUAGAUGGUACCUAAGGAGUAUUUUUGCUAAUCAAAUAUAGUCUUAUUACUUUCAAAAGGGAUCUGGAGAAGGGUAGAAUAAAUUUAUUGUAUUUUUCGAGGGAGGAGAGUAAGUAUAAGUAAUUAUAGAAGGCUUAUUUUAGGAAAUACAGAAGAAGAAUAUUUAAUGAAUGCUGUAGAAAAGUUUAAAUAUGAAUUUAAUUAAGGAUGCAAACCUAACAGGGAAGUUCAUUAAAUAGAGCUAGUGCAUUUGAAUUUGAUGGAGUGCUAUCCUAAGAUAAACAAGAAAAUUACUAUUUCCAUACAUGGAAUUUAAUCCAUAUAAAUUAUUGCGAUGGGGUUGGUACAGAUAAUAUAUAUGCUUGUAGGUUUUUAAGGUUAUAAAUCGGAUUAAGUUAAUUAUUAAUAGCAUUUUUUAUAUUUCAGAGGUGAAUUAAUAAUAAGAAGCAUUUUUGACCAUUUUAUGACUAAAUUUUAAAGAGCUGAAAUAAUAAUAUUAUCUGGUUGUUCAAUCGGAGGAGUGGCAGCACUAUAAUGGGAAUAGUAUUUAACAUCAAGGGUUCCAGAAAAUAUACCAAUUUUAUUUGUCCCAGAUUCAAGCAUAUUAUUCGAUAUGCAAUCCAUUGAUGGAAAUAAUUUAUUAUAAUAAUCAUUGAAGAUUAUGAAUUACAUUGCUGAUGAUGAAACCUAAGUUCCUCAUAGCAAAUGUGCAUACAACUAUCCAAAUCAGAAUUGGAAAUGUUUGUAUUUCUAAAAUUUAAUAAAUUUUAUUUAACGACCAGUAUUUAUUAUUCAACCCUUUUACGACGAAAACUUUCUAUACAACUAUCUCGACAUCAAAUGCAUAAAAGAUUAAACAUUGGAAAAUUGUUAAAAUAGUGAAAUGGAUUUUAUUGAAUUGGUUUAUUCAAAAUUUAAUCAAAUAAUUAAAGAAUCACUUAUUCAAAAUUCAAAUAUUGGCUCUUUUGUUCCUAGUUGCAUUUCAAAUUGGUAAAUUUUUAUGUUAAAUCUAGUUUAUUUGUAAGUUAAUUAUCAUUUUCUCGAAGUUGGACGAUCCCUGAAGGUUCAAAUAGGACAGCCUAUCAAACUCUAGUCAAAUGGGUAGAAAAACAAAAAUUAAACUAAAAUUAUCAAGGGGAUUUUGGAUUGAUAGAUUAAGUUCCUUGGCCAAAGAAUUCUGCCUGUGCUGAAUUAUCAUUACUAAGCUAAUUUAAAUUGAUAAAUAUUAUGUUAUAGGUUAUUAUUAUUAUUCUUUUUUGA